AUGUUUCGCUUUUGGGUGAAACAUAAUAAGCUUUUAAAUAAUAACAAAAUCAUAAAUUUGAAAACGUUUCCCUUAACUAAUAUCUUAGUCAACCAAAAUUAGAAUACAUUCAAGUUGGUUCUUGCUAUCUCUUUUAGAAAAUUACAAAUAAAAUUGUUUGGGUAUAAUAUUCAUUUAUCAUUAACAAAUGGAAUAAAUAUAGAGUAUAAAUAUAAUUAUUGA